AGACCCUCCCACACUCUCGUUCUCCGUUCAUCGGCUGUCUGUCCUCAGCAUCCCCUCUAUGGUCAUGGCGUGUGUGGAUGCUGCUGAUGCGGCGGUGCCCGGGGCCUAACACACCGGUUACGGGGAAACCCGCGAGACUAAGACGUCAGGGGCUGGGCAGUAUGAGCCUUUCCUUUAACAACCGGUCACCGGAUCACUACUGUAUCUCGUGUCAGCUUGUUUGCUUGCGUGAAACCGAGGAAUGAAGUGCUGCAACCAUGAUGCAAGGACUGAAAAAGCGUACCCGAAAGGCCUUCGGGAUACGGAAGAAGGAAAAGGACAGUGACUCCACUGGAUCACCAGACAAAGAAAAAUCUAAAAAAUCCAAUGGUGCACCCAAUGGUUUUUACGGUGAGAUCGACUGGGAUCGAUAUAACUCUCCUGAUGUGGACGAUGAAGGGUACAGCGUUAAACCUGGAGAACAAGGGGGAACAGCUUCAAAGGUCAAGAUGGUCUGCUCCUCCAGUGAGUCAGAGGGAGAGGGAGAGGAGGAGCCUGGGAAGAAGUUUAAGAUCAAGAUCAAGCCAUUGGCAGCAAACAGUGGAACCUGCACAGUAUCUACUAUGGAUGAGCUGAAGGCUUCAGUGGGGACGCUGGCCAUAUCUCCUUCACCUCUGAGAAAGAGUCCGAGACGAAGUCCAUGCCAGAUGAAACGAAACCUAUCAAGUGAGGAGAUUGCCAGACCAAGACGAUCUACUCCAACACCCACGACAACCCCAGGGCCUGGUUCAGACCCGCCCAGAGAAUACACAGCAGCGUUUUACGGCUCACCGUUUGAGACCAAUUUUGAAGCACACAACUCAGAAGUGUUCCUGGCUGAGCCGGAGCCGUGGUGUCAGUCCGCUUCUCUCUCCACCUGUGUUCUGAGCAGAUCUCUGCCCACUGCAGUUCCGCCUCCACUUCCUCCAAAGAACAUUCCUGUGACUCCACCUGGACGCAGCUCUAGCUCUGUAGAAUCCUCCGGUUAUUAUAGCAUGGUUCCUAGUGUCAGAGGACAUGGAUCAGCUUCGGCCUAUCAGGAUUCCUCAUUAUCUGACCCGGCCGCAGCGGCAUUUAUGCCUGACUUGGACUGUGUUUUCGGGCCUGUAGAGACGCCCAGGUCUGGAUCAGAUGUGGUGCAGUGCAGUUGGGUGAGCUUCAGCGAGGGCUCUCCCGCCAGACCUCCUCCACCAGAUGAACCCGCCCCUUCCCCACCUCUGUCCUCUUCCCCUGCGGACUCGCCUCCGACCUCGCCCCUCCACCUGCCGCCUCCCGCCUCGCCCCCUCCCCCUCUCCACUCCAUCCCGCCUCCAGAUUCACCUCCACCACCACCGCCCUUAGACUCACCUCUGAGUCCCUUGGACCUUCCCUGCUGCUUUCAGCUCCCAGAGCCUGAGCUCAACCUAGAGUCCCCCGUGACCCCUGCCAGCCCUGGACUGCCCUUCCUGCCUGCGGACCACCCUCCACAUGGAGCCAUACCUUCUCCUCUCACCUUGAGAGACGACAGUAGAAGAACCCCCGACUUGGCGAGCAUGAGGGACGAGUUUACUGUGUUUGGCACAUCACCCAAAGACUUUGCAGCUGGAAGCUUCAGAGGAACCCCACCUCCACUGCCCCCUCCCACUUACAGGAGCGUGAUGGGCUCCCCGGGGCCCGGCAGUGGGCCGUCCUCUCCCGCACGUGCUGGCACUCCUCUGUCUGCUGGCAGCCCCAUCCCGCCUCUUCCACCGAGACCAUCAUCACGACCAAAACUACCACCUGGAAAACCAAACCUAGCAGAUCUGGCCCGUCCCUUCAGCCCCCCGAUCCACUCCUGGAGUCCUCCACCCUUUGCUCCUCUGGCCAGAGCUGAGAGCACCUCCUCCAUCUCUUCCGUCACCUCUGUGAGCGCAGCCUCCACACCUACACUAGGCCGAGAACUGAACCUCUCUGUGUCAGCAUGUUCCAGAGGUCCUAGUCCUCUCACAAUGGGACCCCAAGACACACUACCAGUGGCAGCCGCCUUCACGGAGACCAUCAGCGCCUACUUUAAAGGAGCAGAUCCAACUAGGUGUUUGGUGAAGAUCACUGGUGAGAUGGUGCUGUCUUUCCCAGCAGGGAUCACCAGACACUUCUCCAGCCACCCCAGUCCACCAGUGCUGACCUUCACCAUCAGCCAGUACAGUCAGCUGGACCAGGUCCUUCCCAACCCACAGCUGCUGUGCUGCGACACCACACCACCUACAGGUGACGCGAAGGAGUUCUGGGUGAAUAUGCCAAACUUGUUGAGUCACCUGAAGAAAGUGGCUGAGCAGAGGCCACAGGCCACGUAUUACAAUGUGGACAUGCUGAAGUACCAGGUGUCCACUCAAGGGAUCCAGUCCACGCCGCUGAACCUUGCGGUGAGCUGGCGUGGUGAUGCCAGCAGCACAGACCUCAGGAUAGACUAUAAAUACAACACAGAGGCCAUGGCCACUCCCACACCUCUCACCAACAUCCACUUCAUGGUAGCUGUGGAUGGUGGCGUGAACAAACUCCAGGCCAUGCUUCCACCUGCAACCUGGAACCCAGAGACGCAGAAAAUUGCGUGGAAGAUCCCAGAGCUCUCACAGAGGUCUGAAAAUGGAGGGGUUGGCGCUCUUCUGGCUCGCUUCCAGCUAGCCGACGGCCCCAGUCGACCAUCGCAGCUGGCAGUGCAGUUCACCAGUGAGGGCUGCACUCUGUCUGGCUGCGAUUUUCAACUUUUAGGUUCAGGCUAUAGACUAUCCUUGGUUAAAAAAAGGUUUUCUGCAGGUAAAUAUCUGGCAGACAACUGACCUGGCUUCAGCGACGACCUGCUGGAUGAUGGAUGGGCUGUGAGUGGGAUGUUAGGAUGCUCUUUUGGCACUACAAAGACUUUCAAAAAUGUUUUUAAACGAAAUUCCAGAAGUACAGCACUCAAAAUCUCACUUACAAUGUCUGGUGUAGAAUAUCAUCAGUGCGUUCUGUGGGUGUGUGUGUGUGUAUAUUAGCAAAUAUUUUGUGUGUAUAUGAUAAAACUUCAGGACAAAUGCAAUACGUGGACUUUUUCCGCUGGGUUCUUGCAGAAGGCAGAGUUUUCUUUUUCACUUAUUGCACAUUCUCUUUUUCACUCAAACCAAACACACUUAGUGACAUUACAAUCUAAUGAUACCAGGGUUCACAUAGGCUAUAGGAACACACGUCAGAAGUGUUUGGCUUUCUUUUAGUUAUUUUGAUCGAUUCUAAACAGUUCGAUUUAACUAUAAUUAAGUCUCAAUUCCCAGAUAAUGCUACAAAUAACACUUUACAAUGAGAUAGAGUUUGUUAACAUUAGUUGAUGUAUUAAACCCAGGACACACCAAACCGACAGUCGAAUGUCAGCCCGUUUUCGAGUGUCGUCGGAUUUGGUUUUUUUUUGGUUGGCUCUCUUUGGACACCGUCUGCGUUUUAUGGGCUGAUUCAGCAUGUUGAGAAAGAACUAUGAUUGGCUGUUUAGUUAAGCGAACGAGUCAGUGCACACAGACAGAAGGCUGUUAAAAUUUUACGUCAUCUUACCUGAGCAUUCGAAUACGUGAAUAUUUUCAUAAUAACAAGAGCCGACUGGAAUGAAGAAAGUGAUCAGGUUGAUUGAUGUUCAAAAUAGGAAGCAAGCGCUGCUUUGUUUAUGGUUUGUAUAUCUACAGUUUUAGAUUCGGUUUUCCUUUUUGAAUGACGAAAAUAGACUAUUGAUACCUGCUGAUAUAGACAAAUAUUCCCUUGCAUGCAGGGCCAAAAUGCACAUGCUAGUUGACAGUUGCUUUAGUCAUUUUGGUGUGUUCAAGCGCCAAUGAGAGGCGACAACACAUUGCCACCAGUUCUUUGACGUCGGCUUGGUGUGUCCUGGGCUUUUGGUAUCGACAACAUAGUUACAGCCUUUUUAAAUCUAGGUUAAUGUUAAUUUCGGCAUUUACACUACCAUUCAAAAGUUUGGGGUCAGUAAGGUUUAUGAUUUUAAUUUU